GCGCCGAACGAAUUUCGCAACCUAAACACAAACAAGGGAUUUUCUUCAAAUUUGGCAACAAAAAAUCGUGAAAUAGACCAUUUUUUAAAAGGUAUGUUGUACUAUAUUAUAUAUAGACUUUAGAUACGGUUGAAAAUGCUACAGAUCUGUUCAGAAGGAGUGAUUUUUCUUUGCAACAGCGAACGCGACUUGCAGGUUUGUUUAUAUAUAUAAUGUCAGUUUUUUAGAUUAUAUUCCAAUGUUUUAUCGAACAAAAGGCUUGUGUAUAGACUAUGUCUGAACGAUGUAAAUAUUCAGGAAAGCUUACAUAUUGUAUUCGGUCAUUUCAAUCGGAAAAUAUGAUAAAUAUCUCAAACUGGUUUUUAUGCGAAUUGCACGAUAUAUUAAAUACGUACUACGUGUUCUUGAAAUAGAUUUCUCCAUUUAAUAUAUGUCGUAUAUUCGAAGCGAUAUAUUUUACAGUCAGUUGAGUAGGUUAUGCACUAAAUUUUCGACCAACUUAGAACUAUUUUAAAAUGUUAUUUACAUACUGAUAUGUCUUUUUCAAGAGCUGAACUGCAGCUGCAAAGGUAACUGGAGUGGGGUUGACAAAGUUCAGGUAAAAUAAGGUGAAUCAUUGAUGGAAGACUACAGAAUGAGCCCUGCGUUGGGGUAAAUUCUGGCAGGUGACAUUGCAUAAAAAUUGUAAUGUAUAGGAAAUAUAAUAUACACAAACUUUGUCCAAACUGCAAAAGUAAUGCACAAAGAAUACAGAAAACAAUCAUGAAAUAACCUAGCUAACCUGCUAAAUCGCUACUUCUACUCUGUGUUUAAACCAUGUGAUGCCGCUCAUCACAGCCCUCUUCCUGCUGACGACGAUUCGAUUAAUCUAAUAACCAUCUCAGAUCUCGAGUUAGCUGAAGGAGAAGUUGUGUACUUAAAACUCUCGACGUAGACAAAGCCACUGGUCCUGACAAAAUCCCGGCGGUAUUGCUAAAAACCUGCGCAGCUAACAUCAGUCCAUCUUUAUGCGAACUUUUCAACAAGAGUUUAUCUUGUGGAAAACUGCCGUUGGAGUGAAAGUUGUCUAAUAUCAGUCCAAUUCCAAAGAAAAGUCCUUUCCAUGAAGUCUGCAACUAUAGACCAAUAUCACUUUUGUCGCUGGUCUCCAAGGUGUUUGAACGUUGCAUCUACAAUAGAAUUAUUGGCCACCUCUCAAGUCAACUUUAUGAUCUUCAAUACGGUUUUCAAAGCGGCAAGUCUACAACUGCCCAGAUGCUUUAUGUUCUUCACGAGAUUCAUAAUGUCUUAGAGAAAAUGGGCCAAGUUGACACUAUCUAUCUUGAUUUCGCGAAAGCUUUCGACAAAGUCAGCCAUGAUCUCUUACUUGUGAAGCUUCACAAUUUUGGCAUCAGAGGAAAGCUUCUUCGCUGGUUUGGGGACUAUCUUUCUGGGCGAUUACAGAGAGUCACUGUUCUUGGUGUAACAUCUGAACCACUUCCAGUGCUUUCUGGAGUUCCUCAGGGAUCAAUCCUUGGACCACUCCUUUUCCUCAUCUACGUGAACGACCUUCCUAUGUCUACCUCGCACGAUACUACCGUGUCAAUGUUCGCUGAUGACACAAAAUGUCACCGUCAUCUUCGAAAUUUCCAAGACACCAUAAUUCUGCAGCAAGAUCUGGAUAGUGUUGCCAACUGGUGUAAUGACUGGAGGAUGGACUUAAACCAAACCAA